AUGAUAAAUGUGUCCAUUUUAGCGGACGUUGAAGAUAUUAACAUAUUAUUAGCCAAGGGCAUUUCAUCCGUGAAGACGCUACCAAAGAAAGAGUUAACUCCGGAAAUCUUCGAAAAGCUCAAGACUCGCAAGACCGCCUUGGGAGCCACCUUGGUCGACAUCAUACAGUCCGGCGUGCAGAACCUCGACAGCGAAGUCGGCCUGUGCGCCCCGGAUGCCGAGUCGUACACGCUAUUCGCCGGCCUGUUCAACCUGGUGAUCUAGUGCUACCACGGCGGCUUCAAGACCACGGACUUCGAAGACCUCAGCAGCUUGGUGAACGUGGACCCCGACGACCAGUUCGCCAUUUCCACCGGGGUGCGCUGCGGACGCUCGUUGCAGGGCUACCCUUUCAACCCGUGCCUGACGGAGGCCCAAUACCGCGAGAUGGAGGAAAAACUGAGCGCGACUCUGCGCAUGCUGGAGGGCGAGCCGAAGGCCACCUACUACCCACUGACCGGCAUAGGCAAAAAGAGGCAGCAGCAGCUGAUCGAGGACCACUUCCUUUUCAAUGAGGACGACCGCUUCCUGCAGGCGGCCAUCACUGCCAUCAAAACCAAGCGCUCCCCUCCCCCGAAGGGGGAAGGAAUGUGCUAA